AUGGCGUAUCGUGGUGAGUUCUCGCAGGUCCCUCCGCCUUCGCAAUUGGAUGAUGCAAGGCCGGCGGCAGCUCCGGCUCAGAGCUCGGGCCAGGCAUCCUCUUUGGAUGGCGUGGCUCCACCUACUUUGGCUUCUUUGCUUUCCUGGACCGGACCAAAGCCAGCCGCCACGGCAACAAUGGUGUCGCCAGCGCCCUUUGCUGCUUUGCCGCCGAGCUCUACCACCUCGGGUUCACCGGCGGCGGCCCCUUUGCCGGCUUCUACUUCAGCGGUGCCACCUACGACACAACCAGCGCCUACGGUGACUUCCCUGGUUCCUGCCACUUCGGAGCUGGCAGCCAGCACCACCAACCGGAGUUGGUCAGUGGUUGACAGCCAGAUGUUGAUGGAAGCCUUGAGGGCCUCGAGCGACGUUGUGAUCGAACAGAUGCUGCAGUCAGUUCGGGAAAUGGAUGUUACCGAGCCGACGGGUGAGCCGGUGCCGGCGAUCACCCAGGGACCCAUGCAGGAGAUAGUGCCGGCGGCUGUUCCGAUGAUUCCGGCUGUGCCGUCUUCUUCCGGAAUGACCUCUCCUGUUUCCUUGACGCCGCCGCCCUCUCCUAAGACAUCGGCCCCGACACCUAAGGCCCCAGGUGCUUCCGGGAAGGUUUGUACUCACUCCCGAACGACCACAAAGGGGACCAACCAGCACUACCACCUGAAGACGUGUAAGGACUGCGGCAAGGUGCUGGAGCGCGAGAAGAAACAGCCUUCUGCUAAAGCCGCUCCGGGGUCUGCCUCGUCGGACACUGUCUAUCCCAAGAAGCCCGAGGACUGCAAGCACGAGAACGAGCACGACCAAACGGUCCCGGCACCUCCGAUGGCGUAUCCGAUCGGCGUCUCCGGCUCCCAUGCUCAGCAGAUCAUGGACUUAGCCGCUACAGUGGUUCAGGUGCAAGAGAGCGGGGGAAUGCCGGUGCCGGUGGAACGUCUCAACGACAUUGUGAACAACUGCACCCGUGUCUACUUGCAGCGGCUGUCGGCGACUCUUGCGUUUCCAAGCCAGACGGCGCCACCCACGGCCGGAGGAACGGCUAAGGCGGCACCUCCUACACCACAAGCUCAGGUAGCACCGUCGACUGCGACAGCCGCCGCUCCGGCCGCGAAUCCCCUUCCUCACGGCAUGGAUGAUGAUACUGUGCUGCACUCGGGCAAGCAUAAGGGGCGCACCUACCGCGAGGUCUAUGAGAACUUCCCUGACUAUUGCGCAUGGAUCCUCAGCCAGGGUGGCACUUUGCAAGCUCAUUCUUUGCAGAACUUUUCCCGUUACUUGCUCGCUCGCCGCGGCCGAGAACACCAAAGCCGAGCUACAGCCAAUAUGGCGGUCGACGAUGUGCCCUCGGAGGACUGCCUUCUGGCCGUGCUGGACACCGGGUGCAACCAAACAUGCCACGGCGCUCGAUGGAUGAAGUCCUACAUGGCGCCAGCCCAAGGCUCCAGCCUCAAGGGGAUCGGUGGCCGCGUCAGGGCUCUGGGAAAACGCGAGCUCCACAUUUGCCUCCAGCUCUCCGAUGGCACCCUGGCCAAGGGCACGGUGACUUCCACAGAGCUUGAAGAGUCCGAGGCCCCGCUUCUGCUGAGCUAUGGUGCUCAAAAGCAAUUGGGCAUGGUCAUCGACGCGGAGAGGAACACCGUCUUCAGCAAGCUCUUCCGGCAGGAGAUGGAGGUGAUCGAUCGUGAUGGCCUACCGGCGCUCCGGCUUCUACCUCUUAUGGACGAGGAGCCUUCUCAUUUUGCCAUGUCGGCGGAAGCGACCGAGCCACCACAGCCAACGGCCACGGAGGAAGAGGAGGAGAGCGAUUACUGGGAACAGCUCGGAGACGUUCUUGUUCGGGUACAUGUGCGGCCAAGGAACUACCUCUACGACCCCGUCCGGGAGCCCAGCGACGACAAGGACUACGACCACCAGCUGCCUGAUUACCCUUUUCGGCGAACCGUGGCAAUCAACACCAUCACCGGUGAGAAGGUGGAGUUUCAGGACCAUUGGCAAAAGCAAGCGGAGAUAGAGGAUGUAACUGAGGAGAUCGGCGGCCAAUGGCAUGGGCAAACCUUCUUCUACAAGUCCCUGGGCACGUUCCACCGCGAGGGAUCUCUGGAACCUGAGUCCCCAAGCCUUGCCGCCCACGCCAAGUUUGAUGAAGAGCGGCCGGCAAGCCUCUCCAAGGGACAAAAGAGGCAGAUCGAGGACCACAGCCAGGGGGUCAAGCGGUUGGACACCACCCUUUGGCACCAGCUUGGCCGCCAGUCUCAGCGGCAUCGAGUUCGCGGUUUGCUCCCUCGGGGCUGUCGGUGCUUCCUCUUGGAGAUCUUCGCAGGCGCUGCCGCCAUGACUGCGGCAGCCGUGGGCUGGGGAAUGCCGGUGGCAGCCCCUAUCGACCUUGAACUGGACCAGGGCAACCUCCUCAACCCAGCCGUGCGUGACAAGAUUUGGGAACGUGUUGAGGCCGAGGACCCUUACAUCACCGUGGUGCGUCGUCACGAGCUCGGCCGGCAGGUGAUUGUGGAAAGUCCCUGGUGGGGCCUGUUCUGGAAGCUUCGCUGUAUCGAACGUCUGACCCAGGAGGAGCACCCAGCCACGGGGCAGAGCAUGGACGUUCUCUACCUCGACCACUCCAAGUAUGAGCGCGGCGGUGCUGGAAGGAGGCCUAGCACCCGUUUGUCUGGGAUCUUGACUGCCUCUGAGAAGAUAAAGGGCGUAUUGGGUCGAGUUUGUGGACCAGGCCCGGCGGCUAUCGGAUCACGGCCUCACCACCGGCAUGUUGGCGGCAUCUCCUCUCCUUGGGCGACUACCUUGUGCGAUUCCCUGGUGGAGGCCGCCUACGAAGAACUAGUCUCGUUGAGUUCCUCUGUGGUGUUUGCGGCAGAGGACGAGGCUGAGGAGCACGAGGAGUUCGGCCCGAUCGACGCGAUCAAUCAAUCCGAGGACGAAGGUGACCUUCUGCCACCUCCUGUGUCCACUGAGGAAGUUCGUCGGGAAGAAGGUCUCGAAGAAGAUCAAGAAGCCGGGCAGCCAGAGUUCGAAAAGGAACGCAGGCGCAAGUGGCUCCUUUUGGAAAGGCCGAAGCGUCUGGCCUUGAGGCGGCUCCACCAGAUGACUGGCCACGCCUCCAAUGAAGCUAUGGCACGCAUGUUGCGAUCGGCCGGCUCCGAGCCUGCUACAGUAACGGCCUGCAAGUACUUUCGUUGCCAGGCUUGCUUGGACAGAAAGAAGCCCGAUCCUCCAAGAGCUGUGGCUGAACCGCCACCCUUUCGCUUCAACCACCAGGUUGGUUGUGACGCUUUCGAGGUUGUGGAUGCCAAGGGGGAACGGCACACUAUCCUUUCGUUGGUCGACGAGGGAACUAAGUUCCAUGUGGCCGGCCGCGUGUCAGCCGGCGGCACACCAUCCUCCAAGGCAUGCGCUGAUUUCUUGAAUCAUGCCUGGCUGGCCUGGGCCGGUCCACCCAAGUUGUUCAAGUGCGACCAAGGCGUUCACAACAAAGGCAAGGUGGCUUCUUUGCUGCGUUCUCUUGGCGUAGAGAUCAAGCAGGCGGGCGUCAAGGCACCGUGGCAGGUGGGCCGUGUCGAGCGGCAUGGGGGCAUCCUGAAGCAGAUGGUCAAGCGAGUCAUUUCGCAACACCAUGUGAGUGGAGAGUUCGCUGUGAGUGCUGUUGUGUCCCAGUGUGCUGCCACAAAGAACUCUUCGUACCUGCACGAAGGCUACGUUCCGGCCCAGUGGGUCCUCGGAAAGAUUCCUUCCGAUGUGACUUCCUUGUUGUCGGAGGCGGCCGGGACCCAACUCGGCAUCCACCAGAUGAUCGAUGACCCUCAGGACGAGUUUGGUCAGCGACUGCUCACGCGCCAAUGGGCCAAGGAGGCUUUUGUCUAUGUUGACACCAGCCAAAGGAUUCGGAAGGCUAUGCUUCGCCAAAGCCAUCCGAUAAGAGGGCCCUAUCAAACCGGCGACCUGGUGAACUACUUCCGGCGAGGUCGAUGGUUUGGGCCAGCCAGGGUCCUGUCCAAUGAGGGGAAGAGUUCCUUGUGGUUGGUCCACUCCGGGAUGACGGUGCUGAUCUCGGACACUUGUUGCAGACCGGCGACCGUUGAGGAUAUCCGUCGGAAGCAGGCAUUGGAACUUCGACCAGGGUGGCCUUCUAAUCGCCCAAAGCGGAAGUUUCGAGACACCUUCGAGGACGAUCUGGAGAACCUUCCCUUCUCCGGCGAUCUGCCAGAAGAGGAGGACGAGGCGCCCAAUCAGUUCUUUGACUUCGUGGGCGAACUUCCCUCCAGUUCUACAUCCUCGGGGGCCCCAGCCACGCUACCUGCACUUGCUCCACCACAACCUGCUUUGCCUGCUGAAUCGAUGGAGAUGGAAGCGCCAAGUCCUGGCGAAUCUGUGCUGGACAUGCCAGGGGAUCUGCCAGAACGACAAGUUACACAACCAGAGCAGGAGCCCCACGAGGUCGAGACCAGUGACGCAGCCGAGGCUUCACCACCAACAGAAAAUCCAGCUUCGACUUCUACUUCCGGGGGGUCCUUGCUAGACGAAGCAAUGACGCAGCCAGCUUCACUACCAGCAGAAAAUCCAUCUUCGACUUCUACUUCUGGGGGGCCUUUGGUGACGCAGCUGCAAUCAGCACUCCGGCGAUCCGUGGAUCAAGUUGAUGGUCACAUCCGGUCUCGCUCCCCUUCUCGGGCUCCGGCCGCUCCACCAGGCUUAGGUCACUUGGCUUCUGCUCCCGAGCACCGCAAUGUGAUAGCCGAGCGCAAGUUGGCACAGGCAACCACGGCGCAGAAGAAAGUGCAUGCCUUCCUUGCGCAACGGGGCGAGAAGAAGUACCGCAAGAAGGUUCAAAAGCAAGGAAAAGGGCGUGAGAUCAUGUAUCAGCAUGCCAGUGAAGAAGUCAAGAAGCAGCUCGACGAGACUCGGCGCAAGGAGUGGGACAAUUGGAAGGGCUACUCCAACAUGCGCAAGAUCACGCCGCAGGAGCUCGAGGCCAUGAAGAAGGAGAACCCUAACCUCCGAGUGAUCGCUACCAGAUGGGUGGAUAUCGACAGUGCCGAAAAGGGCGAACAGCCAAAGUACAAGAGUCGCUUUGUUGUCCGAGGCGACCUGGAGGACUCGACCGACAUGAGGACGGACAGUCCCACCGGAUCUCAGGUGGGCAUGGGCCUCGUGAUCAGCUAUGCCGCGGCGACCCGGAAGAACUUGAACUCCGGCGACAUCUCGGCAGCGUUCCUCCAGGGAUCUGUUCUGGACCGCCAGUUGGUGCUUCGGAUGCCAAAACCCCAAGGGUCGAAAGUAUGUGAUUAUCGUGUAAUGAUUCACAGAGCCCUCUGUGGGAGAACAGCUGUGUAA